GAAGGCGAUUCCUCAGUGAAUCGAUUUCGCCCUCGCCCCAUUUUUCUCCCGAUCUGCGAUCUCUGCGAUCUCCCAGCGCCCUUCCACAUCGCCGUCUCCCAGCGCCCUUCCUCAUCGCCGUUCACCGUCUCCCUUCCUCAUCGCCGUUCACCGUCGCCGCUCCCGUCAUGCCACUCCAGUAGUCGUUCCUUGUCGCCGGUCCCCGUUUCGCAAGGCCGAAACCGCGUCCGGCGCCAAGUUCUUCUCUGCAAUCCAGGUUUGACGCCAGACUCGGCCGUCGCACCUGACCGUCCGAUCGUGGAGGAAUGGUUUCUGCAUACUAUUGUAGUGAUUUCCCAUAAUAUAGUUAGUAUAUAUUGCUGCAUACUAUUUGCAUUUAUGUUGUCAGAAUCUAUUGCUCCUAUUACUGCCAACAUAGUGCAUCGAGUUUGCAUUACAACAUGGUAUUGUGUUUCAAAUUAUAAUUGUUAAUCUUACUUUGUUAAUGGAAAUAAUUUAGAAUAAUAAAAAUCCAAAAUGAUUAA